AUGCGGUGGCAGGUAGUUGGUCUCACGCUGUUUCUGCUACUGGUUCUCGGAGCAGCCAAGUCGAGGCACGGAUCUCGGCGGGGACAUAGGACUUAUCGCCGCUACACUCCGGACUGGACGAGUCUGGACGCUCGGCCACUGCCGGCCUGGUACGACGAGGCCAAGUUCGGGGUGUUUGUGCACUGGGGCGUGUACUCGGUGCCGGCCUGGGGCAGCGAGUGGUUCUGGUGGCACUGGAAGGGUGAGCACCAGGUCCUGUACGAGCUCUUCAUGAGGAACAACUACCCGCCCGGCUUCAGCUACGCCGACUUCGGGCCGCAGUUCACGGCCACCUUCUUCGACCCCGAGCACUGGGCCGACCUCUUCCGGGCGGCGGGAGCCAGGUAUGUAGUCCUGACCACAAAGCAUCAUGAAGGCUUCACAAACUGGCCGAGUCCUGUGUCUUGGAACUGGAACUCUCAGGAUGUGGGACCCCAUCGUGAUUUGGUUGGGGAGCUAGGGACAGCUCUCCGGAAGAGGAACAUGAGCUAUGGACUUUAUCAUUCUCUCUUAGAAUGGUUCCAUCCACUCUACUUACUUGACAAGAAGAAUGGCUUCAAGACACAGUAUUUUGUGAGUUCAAAAACAAUGCCAGAGCUAUAUGAUCUUGUGAAUAGGUACAAGCCUGACCUGAUUUGGUCAGAUGGAGAGUGGGAAUGUCCUGACACUUACUGGAACUCCACAAAUUUUCUUGCUUGGCUGUACAAUGAUAGUCCCGUCAAGGAUCGGGUGGUAGUAAAUGACCGGUGGGGUCAAAACUGUUCCUGUCACCAUGGAGGAUUCUACAACUGCCAAGAUAAAUACAUGCCAGGGAGCUUGCCAAAUCAUAAAUGGGAGAUGUGCACCUCCAUCGACAAGUCCUCCUGGGGCUAUCGGCGCAACAUGGUGAUGGCAAGCAUUGCCAGUGAAGAGGAGAUCAUUUCGGAACUGGUUCAGGCAGUAAGUUUGGGUGGCAACUAUCUUCUCAACAUUGGACCUACUAAAGAUGGAGUGAUUGUUCCCAUCUUCCAAGAAAGGCUUCUUGCUGUCGGGAAUUGGCUGAGCAUCAAUGGAGAGGCUAUCUAUGCCUCUAAGCCAUGGCGAGUGCAAGCAGAUAAGAACAGCACAUCUGUCUGGUAUACCUCAAAAGGACCAGAUGUUUAUGCCAUUUUACUGCAGUGGCCAGAAAAUGGAGUCUUAUCACUUGCAUCCCCUACAACGACUUCAACUACAGAGGUAAAGAUGCUAGGACUCAAAGGCAAUCUGAAGUGGUCCAAAGAUCCUGUUCAAGGCCUCCUCAUUUCUUUGCCUCUGUUAGCACCUUCUGAUUUCCCUGUUAAGUAUGCUUGGACUCUCAAGCUGACAGGGGUGGAGUGA